GUGUCGAAAGCUGCGGUCGAAAGUUGAACGGCCAUACAAUAUAACAGCCACGCUGCAGCCUCAUUAACUCCAAGGUCGACUGAUCCGAAUCAGAAACCGGGUUGCAAUGUUAGGGCUCCGCAGUGAACGUGAGCUGUGCGAAUUCGAAACGAUCAAGAUGAACGCACGAUGCGCAGCGUGUCCGGCAUUCUAAUUAGAAAGCUUUGCAUGACCUUCCUUACGUCUCCUGCCGUAUACUCACAUUCUUGGACUAUUUGGACUCCCUGGUACACCUUGCAACUCUUAUCUUCAAGGACUUCUCCCUCCAUCCCCAUGCCAUCCUAUGGUCUGACGAAGCGUGGUAUACGAUUUUUGCUCCUCGCCAUCGUAUUGUGUUUCGUGCUCCCUGGAAUACUUUAUCACCGUGAAACUGUGCGGAACUACUUCACUGAUCACCUACCGCCAUUGUACGAGGACUAUCGAGAGCGGGAGCAAAAUUUGGGGCAUUACAAGGAGUACGAAACGAGCAAGGAUGUUAAAUAUCUUUGGUCAGCCAAUCAUGCACAUAGCUCAGGAUGGGGAAAUGUGAUGCAAGACUAUGUGAUGAAUGCGCUGCUUGCACAUACCACAGGACGCUCUUUUGUCUUUGAUGACUACAUCUGGAGGCCAGAUGGUACACUCUUUACGGAUUAUAAUGGGCAUUUAAUUCCCUCUCGGAUUCCCCUGACAGCACUAUUAGGCGGCAUCAUCGUGGGUGGUGAAAUGCCACCUGGUGACACCACUCCUCGCGCAGUGUCUAAGGAUUUCUUCAACAAAGUCUGCCCCAAUCCGACAGUCGUUCAUGUGACCGAAGUGAACGAUGAUCGUAUGCGAUUCGAUGAAAGCGUGCCAGCUUCGUAUAUAUUUGAGAAGUGGCUCGAAAAAAUUAACUCGAUUGAGGAUCCGUGUGUGGAAAUCGACCCGAAGAGUGAUGCAAUCUUUGAGUACUGGAUAUUUGGACACGAGAGAAUGUUGUCCAUAUGGAAGUACCUCAAGGAUUCCCCGGUAUCCACGCACUGGGGGUGGUCGCCUUUGAUACACGAUGCAUACAGACGAAAUCGCCACAUCUUUGUGCCGAAUGCGAAAUCUACUUUUUUCGAAGGGCUUUCUGGUUCGGCUGUCACGGAAAACUACACAGCCCCGAUACCUGGCCUCCUAGCGCUACACGUGCGAAGGGGUGACUUCCAGGACCACUGCGUCCACCUGGGCAAAUGGUCAUCAAACUGGAAUGCGUUCAAUUUGUUCCCUGAGUUCUCCGACAGGUUCCAAAGGCCCACUGAUGGCGGAUGGGGCGAGACAUCCGAGAAGAACAUGCAGAUGUAUAUGCAACGGUGCUUUCCCACAAUCGACCAAAUCGUCCAGAAAGUCGUACAAGUGCGCGUCGAGUCGGAAGAGCCGCUGACGCAUGUCUACAUCAUGACCAAUGGCGCUGUCGCUUGGGUUGAGGAGCUGAAGGAGGCUCUUCGGAACUCUGGGAACUGGGCCCAGAUCAAGAGCAGCCGCGAUCUCGACAUUACAUGGGAACAGAAAUUUGUGGUGCAAGCGUUGGAUAUGUUGGUAGCUCAAAGAUCUGAAGUGUUUAUCGGGAAUGGGUGGUCGAGCUUGACCUCGAACGUUGUGAUGCUGCGUAUGGCGCAGAGUUUUCCUCCGGAUAGUAACAGAUUCUGGUAAUGACGCUCACGACUGCUUCGUCUACGAUAGAGGCACGGACGGAUGGACGAUCUAUUAUGUUUAUUGUUUGGUGAAUACAGCCGUUGUGCGCCAAAGUAUAGUCGCUACAGUAAUACACUAUUUUCUUCGUGUCAGGGUAUACACUGCUUAUGUUGCAGAUAUCAAACAUGAUUUAUCUGGCGAUACGAAA